AUGACGGCGGAUCUUUAUGAUGAAGAUCAAGUAAUAUGCCAGGAUUUCUCGUAUUUAGAUGUUCUGCACGUCAUUCCCCCGUGUCUUAUGGAAAGAAAAGGAGAAGACUCUGAUAUGGGGGUGGAGAACAUGCAAACCGUGUAUAAAAUACAGAGAAUGCUCGACCCUGACGUUAUCGAAUCUAUCAAGGGCUCUAACAUCAAUCGACCAUCAAACGCUCUGACAAUGGACAGUGGCAUGCUCGCUCUUAACUUCAGAAAGUUUCAAAUUCGCUUUGAACAAGUAGUCGAAUCCACUACACCGCAUACCUACAAGAUUGAUAGUUCAGGUUUUCCUUUUUUGAGGAAAGAUCCUGUUACUAGGACUCUCUACCUUAUGCCUGAUGAGUCUAUUGAGUCACUUUCGCCGGCGCUCCUUAGCAUACAUUGUUCAAUUGGACGCAUUCUCAAUCUUAGUGGUGCCAAGAUCUAUACCAGGGGUACUAUUAAUCGGUUACAGGACCUGCCGGAGGAUGCAUUUGUAUCUGAAGAUGGACACUCCUAUCGAUGAAUAUGUCAAGGUUAAGCCUGGUAGAGGAUCGAUACGCCUUUAUCAGAUUAGAUCAAAUCACAUGCU